CCUGCCCCCCUGGACCCCGCGGCGUCCGUCGGCGCCCUGGCCUGGGGCCGGGGCCCGUGCCAUCGCGGCGCUCCGCGGGCGGUCCCCGCUCGGACGCACACAUCGCCGGCUGGCCGCUGCGGGCCUCCCGGGGACCGCCGCGAUGGCCCUCAGGAUGGUCAAGGGCAGUAUCGACCGUAUGUUUGACAAGAACCUGCAGGACCUGGUGCGCGGUAUCCGCAACCACAAGGAGGAUGAGGCCAAGUACAUCUCUCAGUGCAUCGACGAGAUCAAGCAGGAACUCAAACAGGACAGCAUCGCCGUGAAGGCCAACGCCGUGUGCAAGCUGACCUACUUACAGAUGCUGGGAUACGACAUCAGUUGGGCUGCCUUCAACAUAAUCGAAGUGAUGAGUGCCUCCAAGUUCACGUUCAAGCGCAUUGGCUACCUCGCUGCUUCCCAGUGCUUCCACGAGGGCACUGACGUCAUCAUGCUGACGACGAACCAGAUCCGGAAGGACCUGAGCAGCCCCAGCCAGCACGACACUGGAGUCGCCCUGACCGGUCUCUCCUGUUUCGUCACCCCAGAUCUUGCCAGAGACCUGGCAAAUGACAUCAUGACCCUGAUGUCGCAUACGAAGCCGUACAUCAGGAAGAAGGCCGUGCUUAUCAUGUACAAGGUGUUCCUGAAACACCCCGAGUCGCUGCGCCCCGCCUUCCCCCGGCUGAAGGAGAAGCUGGAGGACCCUGACCCUGGGGUACAGUCGGCGGCCGUCAACGUCAUCUGCGAGCUGGCCCGACGCAACCCCAAGAACUACCUGUCCCUGGCCCCACUCUUCUUCAAGCUCAUGACGUCAUCCACCAACAACUGGGUGCUCAUCAAGAUCAUCAAGCUGUUCGGUGCUCUGACCCCGCUGGAGCCGAGGCUGGGCAAGAAGCUGAUUGAGCCCCUUACCAACCUCAUCCAUAGCACAUCCGCCAUGUCCCUGCUCUAUGAGUGUGUGAACACUGUCAUUGCAGUGCUCAUCUCCCUGUCCUCGGGCAUGCCCAACCAUAGCGCCAGCAUCCAGCUCUGUGUCCAGAAAUUGAGGAUAUUAAUAGAAGACUCGGAUCAGAACUUGAAGUACCUGGGGCUGCUGGCCAUGUCCAAGAUCCUGAAGACGCACCCCAAGUCGGUGCAGUCGCACAAGGACCUCAUCCUGCAGUGCCUGGACGACAAGGACGAGUCCAUCCGCCUGCGGGCCCUGGACCUGCUCUACGGCAUGGUGUCCAAGAAGAGCCUGAUGGAGAUAGUGAAGAAGCUGAUGGCGCAUGUGGACAAGGCCGAGGGUACCACCUACCGUGACGAGCUGCUCACCAAGAUCAUUGACAUCUGUAGCCAGUCCAACUACCAGCACAUCACCAACUUCGAGUGGUACAUCAGCAUCCUGGUGGAGCUGACGCGGCUGGAGGGCACACGCCACGGCCACCUCAUCGCCGCUCAGAUGCUCGACGUGGCCAUCCGCGUCAAGGCCAUCCGCAAGUUCGCAGUGGCACAGAUGUCUGUGCUGCUCGACAGCGCGCCCCUCGUGGCCAGCAGCACGCAGCGCAACGGCAUCUGCGAGGUGCUCUAUGCCGCCGCCUGGAUCUGUGGCGAGUUCUCCGAGCACCUGCAGGAGCCGCAGCGCACCCUGGAGGCCAUGCUCCGGCCCAAGGUCACCACGCUGCCCGGACACAUCCAGGCCGUGUACGUGCAGAACGUGCUCAAGCUGUACGCCAGCAUCUUGCAGCAGGAGGAGCAGGCCGGCCAGCCCGAGGCCGCGCAGCAGGCCACCCAGCUGCUGCUGGAGCGUCUGCCGCAGUUCGUGCAGAGCGCCGACCUGGAAGUGCAGGAGCGGGCGUCCUGCAUCCUCCAGCUGGUCAAACACGUGCAGAAGCUGCAGGCCAAGGCUGUGCCCGUGGCCGAGGAACUGAGCGCCCUCUUUGCUGGGGAGCUGAACCCAGUGGCCCCCAAGGCCCAGAAGAAGGUUCCAGUUCCUGAAGGCCUAGAUCUGGAUGCCUGGAUCAACGAGCCGCCCUCAGACAGCGACUCCGAGGACGAGCGACCCAAGGCCAUGUUCCACGAGGAGGAGCAGAGGCAUGCCAAGCCCCGGCAGGCCGAGGUGGACGAGGAGGAGCUGGCCAGGCGGCGGGAGGCCCGGAGGCAGGAGCAAGCCAGCAACCCGUUCUACAUCAAGAGCUCUCCCUCCCCGCACAAGCGGUACCAGGACGCCCCGGGCGUGGAGCACAUCCCCGUCGUGCAGAUUGACCUCUCGGUGCCCCUCAAAGUGCCAGGGCUGCCCCUGUCAGAGCAGUACGUGAAGCUGGAGGAGGAGCGGCGGCACCGGCAGAAGCUGGAGAAGGACAAGAGGAAGAAGAGGAAGAAGGAGAAGCGGGGCCGGCGCCGCCACGGCUCGCUGCCCACCGAGAGUGACGAGGACAUCGCGCCCGCCCAGCAGGUGGACAUUGUCACCGAGGAGAUGCCGGAGAAUGCCCUGCCCAGCGACGAGGACGACAAAGACCCUAAUGACCCCUACAGGGCCCUGGACAUCGACCUGGACAAGCCCUUGGCAGACAGCGAGAAGUUGCCAGUCCUAAAGCACAGGAACGCCCAGGCCCCCAAGCCCCCCGAGAAAGAAGACGUCCCCGUGGUGGAGAAGAAGAGCAAGAAACCCAAGAAGAAGGAGAAGACGCACAAGGAGAGGAGCAGGAAGAGGGAGGAGGGAAGGAAGGGUGACGACCUGGACUUCUGGCUGUCCACUACCCCGCCACCGGCCGCUGCGCCCUCCCCGGCCGCAGCCACGGUAAGAGUGCAGCUUGGAGUGUCUGCCGUCACGGCCCCGAAGGACGACAGCGAGGUGACAAGGAGGGAGCAGGUGGCCGACGAGGACGACGAGGCCCUGGAGCCAAAGGUGAGGAGGAAGUCCACACAGAAGAAGAAGAAACACAAGAAGGAGAAGGAAGAGCGAGGAAAGGACAAGAAGUCCAAGAAGCGGAGGCCGGAACGCGAGGAGGCGACCGAGCCCGUGCAGAACGGCGCGCCCCAGGAGGAGCCUCUGCCGCCCAUGUCCAGUUACUGUCCCCUGGCUGAGAACGCCUACGUCAAGAUGACAUACGAUGUGCAAGGCAGCCUGCAGGAGGACAGCCAAGUGACCGUGUCCGUCAUCCUGGAGAACCACAGCCGCAGCCUGCUCAAGAACAUGGAGCUCAGCGUGCUGGACUCGCUCAACACCAAGAUGGCGAGGCCGGAAGGCUCCUCUGUCCAUGAUGGCGUGCCCGUGCCUUUCCAGCUGCCCCCUGGCGUCUCCAACGAGGCCCAGUUCGUGUUCAGCGUUCAGAGCAUAGUCAUGGCGCAGAAGCUGAAAGGCACCUUGUCCUUCAUUGCCAAGGACGAGGACGGGGCCACCCAGGAGAAACUGGACUUCAAACUACAUUUCAGCUGCAGCUCGUACUUGCUGACCACGCCGUGCUGCAGUGAUGCCUUCGCUAAGCUGCUGGAGUCGGGGGACCUGAGCGUGAGCUCCAUCAAGGUGGACGGCAUUAGCAUGUCCUUCCAGAACCUUCUAGCCAGGAUCUGCUUCCAUCACCAUUUCUCCGUUGUGGAGCGAGUGGACUCCUGUGCCUCCAUGUACAGCCGCUCCAUCCAGGGCCACCAUGUCUGCCUGCUUGUCAAGAAGGGGGAGAGCUCUGUGUCCGUAGACGGCAAGUGCAGUGACGCCACCAUGCUGGGCAACCUGCUGGAGGAGGUGAAGGGAACGCUGGCCCAGUGCUGACCAUGGGCUACCCACCCGUCCGCCUCACCUCCUGCGUGUUCCAUGCCCGCACCCAUCCACUGUGGAGACACCCCCGGUCCCAUGUGGCAACGGUUUAUGUGUCACCCCCUGACUGCUCUCUCCAGCAAGAAGCCCCCAGCCAAUCCCCAGGCCAGUGAGCGGCACCCCCGGUUGCACUCCCUGCCCUCUCGGGGGCCGCCUCCUUGGAAAGGGCAGCCCUCUGAAGCAGCGGAACCCAGUGGGCAGAGUGGACAUGGCCUCUCCCCAGGACGCACAGUGGGAGGGCAGUAGCAGCCAGGUGCCGGGCUGAGAGCUGUCAGAAUGGCACAGGCUGGCUGGCCACGCGGUGGCGGCCCUUCUGUGACCUCUUGUUCAGGGGUGAGUCCUGGCAUUUCUCGUCCUGUCUUUGUCACUUUGCGCACCAUGCAUUCUGUCCCCAGGACGCCUCAAGUCAGGACUUCGGGCAGCAAGCGAGCACCCCGGGGUUCCUCGCUGUCUGCUCAGGUGGCUAGGGCUGGCAUUCUCUGCCUGCUGCCUCCUGGGCACGUGACUCAACCUCCCAAGAUGAUGGCGUGACCUUGUAUCUUUCCCUCCUGAUGAAGCUGUCACUUUAGCAUGUCGAGUGAUUUACCCCAGAGAAGGGCGUGUCCCCCAAAUGUCUGUGUGCUGCCGGCACGCCGUGCAGGCCUCGGCACGCUGCUGUCGCGAUCUGUGUCAAGAUGGUCCAAUAAAGUUGCAAACGGA